GGGGCAUCUUUACGAAAGUGCGUAAUUGAGAAGAGUGAGGAUAUUUGUGUUGAUUUGACAUCUGUUAUUUGUGAUUUACGUAUCGAAUAUCUGUUGAACUUCUUUACAUAAAUGCCGAAAAAUAAAGGUAAGGGAGGAAAGAAUAGAAGAAGAGGAAAAAAUGAAAAUGAAGCUGAAAAACGUGAACUUGUAUUUAAAGAAGAUGGACAGGAAUAUGCCCAAGUUGUAAAAAUGCUUGGAAAUGGUAGAUUAGAAGCCAUGUGCUUUGAUGGCAUUAAAAGACUUUGCCAUAUCAGAGGGAAACUGAGAAAAAAGGUGUGGAUUAAUCAAGGUGAUAUUAUUCUUGUGGGUUUAAGAGAUUAUCAAGAUGCUAAAGCUGAUGUUAUCCUCAAAUAUAAUCCAGAUGAAGCUAGGAACUUGAAAUCUUAUGGUGAAUUACCAGAUUAUGCCAAAAUUAAUGAUACUGUAUUUGGAGAUGAUGUUGAAGAUGAUAUCAUUGAAUUUGAUGAAGUCGAUGGUGAAGAGGAUAUUGAAAAUAUUUAGAAUCUUUGUCUUCCUCAUAGGAACAGUUUUUAAUAAAUCUAGAGUAUAGAAAUUUUAUAUUACCCAAUAAGGAUUUUAGCAAUAACUCAUAAAUUUUCAAGCACUCUGUAAAUGUAAUCUUCCACAUGUUUAGAGACUGCUAACAAAUGUGUGUGAUAAAUGAUGUCAUAUUUUGUCAUUAAUAGUAUAAUUAACAUUUUUUUAAUUCAUCAAGAGAUUAAAAUAAUACUGUUUCUAACAAGAAACUCUUGUAUAUAUAAAAAAAAAAUAUAAUACAAACAGUUAUAAUUCAUACUUGUUAUAAAUUUUAUAAAGAAAUUUGCAAGUUUUCAAAACAAAUUUAUAUUUUUAUAUGAAAUUAUUUAAAAAGAAUUAUUAAAAAGGAGGAACUAAAUCCAUUUUUAUGCAUAUUCUGAAAUAAUAAUAAUAAUAAUAAUAAAAUUUUUGGUUCACAGUGAAUACUGCUAAGGAAGAGCAAAUUCUUUAUUUGUUUGAUUUUUAAAUAUCUUAAGUAAUGAAGAAUUAAUAAAAAAAUAGGUAUUUAAUUUUUAUUAAUUCUUUAUUAUAUAUACUCUACAUUGAAAUGGUAAGUCAUAUGAAAAACUUACAAAAUGAAAACAUUUCUGAAAAUGAAUGCCAUUUCUGGGGAGGAGAAAUGCUUACAUUUCUUAUUCUGUUGUUCUGUGUGUUGCAUUCUUAAUCAAGUUUUAAGCACAGAUUAAAAAUUAAUUUGUGAUUUUUGUAAAGGAUAAAUUUCAAUUUCUUUGGCGUUGGACUUUGAUAUUUUGUAAACAACAUUUCAAAAUAUGUUAUACUCAUUUUAGUUU